AUGUGCCACCUUUUGUGGACUGGUCGAAGCCCCAACGGCGCCGUCGUAAAAGGCGCUUACGUGGCGUCACUGCCCAUGCAGUGGGAGCGUGAUAGUUCCGUGAAAAGGUCCCGCAAGCGGGUGGUGAUGGGUGAGAGGGGGGACCAGGGACCACAGCUGGACCCGGUACACUGCUGCGGCGGGGGCCACGGGGGCCCUCCACACGACGAUCAACUCAUAACAACCCAUAAGUGCUACCGCAUCCACCCACAAAUUCACUCAUAUGGCCGUAUGGUGUUACCAGCUGCGCCGAGCACGGGAAACACCCUGGCCCUGCCCCUGCCGCACAAACCUGACCCACCCCAAGCCCCCACCCCCACCCCCACAUAA